AUGUCGUCGCUUCAUGAUUUAAUGAAAGCAGGAAAAGCAAUGGGGUUUGAGAGUUCGGACCUGCGAGAGUUCAUUCUUGCUGAGCAUGUCAAGGAGAGAGAGGAAAGGCAACAGGAGCGUGAGGAAAGACGGGAAGAAGCUGAAAGACAACACCAGCUGGUGAUGUUGAAAGAGAAGAAGGAAGAGAUGGCUUUACAGUUAACUCUUGAAAAGGAGCGUGAGGAGCGUUCUUCGAGAGAGCAUGCAAGGAAGAUGGAGGAAUGGGAGUUUCAGAAAACUCAGGGAUUAAAUACUAGUGGGAAUCAGGAUCAGAGAUCGUCACACAGUUUAGUAAAAGGUCCUAAACUGCCGCCUUAUGAAGAAGGGAAGGACAACAUUGACAGUUAUUUACAACGGUUUGAGCUUUACGCUGCUACUCAGCAUUGGGAUAGGGAUCGACAGUGGGCAACACACCUAAGCGCACUUCUAAAAGGCAACGCUUUGGAUGUUUUUAGUCGACUACCAGUUGAGAAGGCACUGGAUUAUGAUAUCCUGAAAGAAGCUUUGCUGAGACGGUUUGAAAUGACUGAGGAAGGUUUCCGACAGCGGUUCCGGAAUGGUAGACCUGAUGCAGGGGAAACAUUUGCCCAGUUCGCUGUAAGGCUGGACAAUUACAUAGUCAGAUGGCUGGAAUUGGCAAAGACUGAGAAGACCUAUGAGGGUUUGAAAGAUUUGAUACUUCGGGACCAGUUUUUGCAGGUUUGUGGAAGUGAGCUUAAACUCUUCUUGAAGGAGCGUAUUCCACAAUCUAUAGCUGAUAUGGCGAAGAUUGCAGAUCAAUACGCAGAGGCAAGGGGUAAUCCUUCAGGGCUGGUGAAAGCGAGGCAUCCUGGACAUAAACAGCAGUAUCAGGGUAAUCGUUCUCAUAUAGACUCUUCUAAGUCAUUUGGUAAGAAGGAGGAACCGAAGGGAAAGUUCAGCAGCGGUGGUAGCAGUUACUUAGGAGGGAAGUCGUGCUACAUCUGUAAGAAGACAGACCAUCUAUCUUACAACUGCCCAGACAACUCUAAGAAGAAGCAGUCUCGUGUGGGAUUAGUAUCAGACCAGCACUCGACAGAGACAGACGAACACCGUAAGGAAAGUUCUACUGGUCGAUCUAAAGGUAAGAAAAAGUAUAACAGUCAAUCUUCCUGUGGAGCAUUAAGUUCGAGUGAUGAUGACGAUGAUGAUCAGGAACAGCUAAGUAUUUCUUGUAGUGCACCUGUUUUGGAGGUAGGUAUGCCUAUUGUGAAAGGAUUGAUUGGCACUCAUGUCGUCACGGUUUUGCGGGACACUGGUUGUAGUGGUGUGGUCAUAAGAAGAAGUCUUGUGGACACGGAUGAUUUAACUGGAGACACGAGGACAUGUACUUUAGCUGAUGGUAGUAAGCUGAACGUUGCUACGGCUAAUGUCGUCGUUGAUACACCGUACUAUCAAGGACCUGUUGUAGCCUGGUGUAUGGAUACUCCCAUUUAUGACCUUAUAUUGGGAAAUAUUGAUGGUGUUAGACCCCCAGGAGAUCCUAAUCUUGAGUGGAACCUAGAGGAUCAUGUUAAUGCGGUACAGACCAGGGCACAGAAGAAGUUAGAGGAGAGACCAUAUAGACCGCUGAAAGUCCCAAAGGUGUUCGAGGACAUCGAUCCAAACGAAUUCAAAGAUGCUCAGAAGUCGGAUGAGACUUUGGCGAAGAUACGUGAGAUGGCGAAUUCAGGAGAUGUCAAGGACAGACGGGAUGGUGGGAAAUCGCAUUUCUUCAUGCGUCGCGGACUUGUCUAUAGAGAGUACAAGAGCCCCUCUACCCAACAAGGACGGAUAUUCAAACAGUUGAUCGUUCCAGUCAAGUAUCGUGGAAAGGUUAUGGAACUGGCUCAUGACUCGAUGAUGGCAGGGCACUUGGGAGCAAAGCGCACCAGUGAUAGGAUUAUAGCUGAGUUCUACUGGCCAGGAAUGCAAUCCGACGUAACAAGGUAUUGUCGCUCGUGCGAUGUGUGCCAAAGAACGUUUCCAAAAGGCAGAGUAACGAAAGUACCACUUGGAAUGAUGCCAUUGAUCGAUGCUCCAUUUCAGCGAGUAGCUAUCGACAUAGUAGGACCUUUACAACCUGCUACAGAUCGGGGAAAUCGAUUCAUCCUCACGAUUGUUGACUAUGCUACACGGUAUCCAGAAGCAGUAGCGCUGAAGGGAAUCGAAACUGAAAGAGUAGCAGAGGCACUUGUCGAUGUCUAUAGUCGGGUAGGAGUUCCCAAGGAGGUAUUGACAGACCAAGGAAGUCAGUUUACAUCAUCUGUGAUGCGAGAAGUGAGUAGACUACUUUCUGUUCGUCAGCUAACGACGACGCCCUAUCAUCCCAUGUGCAAUGGACUUGUUGAGCGCUACAACGGAACUCUUAAGCAGAUGUUGAGAAGGAUGUGCUCCGAGCGACCAAAGGACUGGGAUAAAUAUUUGAACGCGUUGUUGUUUUCAUAUAGGGAAGUACCACAGGAAAGCUUAGGGUUUUCCCCUUUUGAAUUGUUAUAUGGACGUGUUGUACGCGGCCCGAUGAUGAUACUUCGUGAGCUGUGUGAGAAGGAAGUUGCAGAUCCUGAAGUAAAGAGCACUUACCAGUAUGUCCUUGAUCUACGUGAACGACUAGAGGAAACAUGUAAGUUAGCACAGGAGCAGCUUAAGAAGGCAAAGAUCAGGCAGGCCAAGUUCUACAACAAGAAGGCGAAAGAUCGAGAGAUGAAACCAGGAGAAAAGGUGCUUGUCCUAUUGCCAACGAAACGGAAUAAACUCGAAAUGCAAUGGCGAGGACCGUAUAUUAUCACGGAACGGAAAGGUCCUAUGGAUUAUGUGGUAUGCAUUGAUGGUAAACAGAAGGUUCUACAUGCAAAUUUGCUACGCUUGUACGUACAACGUGAAAUGUCCGGGUCGAGUGUGAGUGGCGUUUUGAAUAGUGUAUGUUCAUCUGUGGUUGAGGAAGAUGACGGAGAUGUUGAAGACGAGUUACCGAGUACUGAUUGUUUCAACGUACCAACUCCUGUCAGGACAGAAACCGUAAAUGAUGUUCAGGUAUCGGACUUACUGACUACUAAACAGAAGGAAGAUGUGUCAGCUUUGUUGGAUGAGUUCGCGGAUGUGUUAUCAGAUGUUCCUGGUAGAACUCAUAUUUCUGCUCAUGAGAUUCGAACAACAACUGAUGAACCAGUAAGGGCAAAGAACUAUCCUAUUCCAUACAGUAUGAAAGACACUAUCCGAGAGGAAGUCGAGAAAAUGCUGAAGAUGGGAGUGAUAGAGAAGUCUGAUUCGCCUUAUUCAGCACCAGUUGUAAUUGUCAGGAAGAAGGACGGUACAAACAGGUUUUGCAUCGAUUACAGACAAUUGAAUCGUGUAACCAUAUUCGACGCAGAACCAAUGCCCAACGCGGACGAUAUAUUUUCGCGGCUCUCGGGAAACAAGUUCUUUUCUCGGUUAGACCUGAGCAAAGGAUAUUGGCAAGUUCCUAUGGAAGAAAAUUCGAAACAGAAGACAGCGUUUACCACACCUGUUGGUUUGUUUCAGUUUUCCGUCAUGCCAUUCGGAUUGUUGAACGCACCGGCUAGUUUUUGCCGACUGAUGAGGAUCUUGUUGGAUGGAAUGAAGAAGAUAGAAAGUUUCAUCGAUGACAUUUUAAUUUAUACCAAGACUUGGGAAGAACAUCUUGACAUAUUGCGGGAGUUGUUCGUACGUUUACGGAACGCCAACAUAACAGCCAGACCAACUAAGUGUGCUUUAGGAUUCCAGAGUUUGGAGUGUUUGGGACACAUGAUUGGAGAACAACAUUUACAACCCAACCCGGAUAAAGUCAAAGCCAUUCUUGAUGCGAAGAUUCCUGAAACCAAGAAACAAGUGCGAUCUUUUAUCGGUUUGGCGGGCUUUUACAGGAAAUUCGUUCCAAAUUUCGCCACGAUUGCAGUGCCUUUGACAGACCUUACCAAGAAAGGCCAACCGAAUAAAGUCAUUUGGAAUGAACCCCAAGACUUGGCUUUCAACACAUUGAAGAAGAUCUUAUCGACAGGACCAGUUUUGAAGUUGCCGGAUUUGAACGCCGAAUUUAUCCUCAGAACGGAUGCAUCGGACUAUGGUGUCGGUGCCAUUUUGUUACAAGAGGAGGAUGGAGUGCUACAUCCAGUGGCAUACAUGAGUAGGAAGCUCAAAGGUGGCGAACUUGCUUAUUCGGUGAUUGAAAAAGAAUGUCUAGCAGUUGUAUGGGGAAUAUGCAAAUUUCAGAAAUAUCUGUACGGUCGACAGUUCAUCUUGGAAACGGAUCAUCAGCCGUUGUUGUACCUCAACAGACUGAAGGGCACAAACUCUCGACUAAUGAGAUGGGCAUUGCAGCUGCAACCACAUCGUUUCCGAAUCCGAGCUAUCAAGGGAAUGGAUAAUGUCGGAGCAGACUUUCUUAGCAGAGUGUAA